AUGGACGAGGACACUCCAACUUUGAAGCCCAGACGGAUCCAGAAUCAGAACGUGGUCCAUCGCCUGGAGCGGCGAAGAAUUUGCUCGGGGCGACCCGGAUCUCACUGGUACCGAGUGCGCUGCUUUCACCAGAACCUGUUCCCUAACUUCACUGUGGUGAACGUGGAGAAGCCGCCUUGCUUCCUCAGGAAGUUCUCACCGGAUGGGCGCUACUUCAUCGCCUUCUCCUCCGACCAGACGUCCCUAGAGAUAUAUGAAUACCAAGGCUGUCAGGCAGCUCAGGACCUGCUGAGAGGCCAAGAAGGAGAGACUCUUUCAACAGCCAAUGACCAGCGCUCCCUCAACAUCCGGGGCCGCCUGUUUGAGCGCUUCUUCUCUUUGCUUCACGUCACUAAUGUGGCCUCAAACGGAGAACACCUCAACCGGGAGUGCAGCCUCUUCACAGACGACUGUAGAUAUGUCAUUGUCGGCUCGGCCGUUUACGUUCCCGAUGAUCCUCCGCCGUACUUCUUUGAGGUUUAUCGCAACAACGAAUCGGUGACCCCAAACCCUAGGUCUCCUCUGGAAGACUACUCUCUCCACAUCAUCGACCUCCACACCGGCAGGCUGUGUGACACCAGGUCCUUUAAGUGUGACAAGAUCAUCCUGUCUCACAACCAGGGACUCUACCUCUACCGGAACAUCCUGGCUGUGUUAUCAGUCCAGCAGCAGACCAUCCACGUGUUUCAGGUCACACCUGAAGGGACCUUUCUGGACGUGAGAACGAUCGGCCGCUUCUGCUACGAGGACGACCUCCUGACGCUCUCGGCCGUUUAUACGGAAGCUCAGGCAGAGAGUCAGACCGGGGUCCCUCGCCUCUACACCGACAAAACCAUUAACUCCCUCAAGCACAGGUUGCUGGUCUACCUGUGGAGGAGAGCCGAGCAGGACGGCAGCGCCACGGCCAAGAGGAGGUUUUUCCAGUUUUUCGAUCAACUCAGACGUCUGAGGAUGUGGAAGAUGCAGCUGCUGGACGAGCAUCACCUCUUCAUUAAAUACACGAGUGAAGACGUGGUCACGCUGAGAGUCACCGACCCGUCGCAGCCGUCGUUUUUCGUUGUGUACAACAUGGUGUCCACCGAGGUUCUGGCUGUCUUUGAGAACACCUCUGACCCGCUGCUUGAGCUCUUCGAGAACUUCUGUGACCUUUUCAGGAACGCCACCCUGCACAGCCAGGCUGUCCAAUUUCCCUGUUCUGCUUCGUCCAACAACUACGCACGCCAGGUCCAAAGAAGGUUUAAAGACACUAUCGUGAACGCCAAAUACGGCGGCCACACCGAAGCGGUGCGGCGCCUGCUCGGUCAGCUCCCCAUCAGCGCCCAGUCAUACAGCAGCAGCCCUUACCUCGACCUGUCGCUCUUCUCCUACGAUGACAAGUGGGUGUCAGUGAUGGAGAGGCCAAAGACCUGCGGAGACCACCCCAUCAGGUUUUAUGCCAGAGACUCCGGUCUGCUGAAGUUUAAGAUCCAGGCGGGCCUGCUGGGUCGGCCCGUUAAUCACGCCGUGCGCCGCCUGGUUGCUUUCACUUUUCACCCCUUUGAACCCUUCGCCAUCUCCGUUCAACGAACCAAUGCCGAGUAUGUGGUCAACUUCCACAUGAGACACGUCUCAGCAUGAAGUAAAGCCGUGUGUAAGGAAAAACUCCAGGGGUUGUGUUCAACUCCUGGCAGAGAAACGUCCAUCCUUCUGCUCCUCUCAGGGUUCCUGAACAUUUUGAACAAAUUUUUGUAAAAAUUCUGGACUCAUUUUUUUUUUUUUUUUCAGAGCUCUACACGUGGUUUAGAUAUUUUGUUCUUGGUUCUACAGAAUUGAAAUAUAAAACCAAAAAACAACAGGCCGAUGAACGGACGAAAAGGCGGAUUAAUAGAACUUUUUCCAUAAUGGGACAAGAAUCCAGCCCAUGUCAUGCAAAUAUUUUUUCCAUGCUCCUUUCCUUUUCCAGACUUGAAAAAAUACCCCCAGCCCUUAUCCCUUCUGACCCUCCUCCCUUCUCAGCACGCAGCACUUCUGCCUUUUCCCUCUCACCUCCUGUUAUUUCUUCCCUCCUCUGCGGAACAAAGAGGCAGCUGAUAGAAUAAGUGUAAAUGGAGACGUGGAGAGUGUGUUGAGGUGAGAUCCAGAUAGGUUUUUCUUUUUUUAUGUUCGCAUCUUCAGUCAUUUUGAUGCUCCAAUGUUACUUUUUUUUAUUCUGAUAUUAUUUUACUUUUUAAUGUUUGAUUUUACUUGUUCUACAACCAUUAAAGCCCAUUUUAUUAUUCAUUUUAGCACCAAAAAUGCUUAGCUUGUUUUUCUUGAAAAAAAACCUCCAAAGAAUUUUCCAGCUGUACAUUUUUUUUCUUUCCAUCCUGCAUUUAGCUUAUCUUGUAAAAGCUGAGCCAAAAUCACAUUUCAGGUGUCAGUGAAUGUAAACCUAACCCUGAUCCCUGCAGUCUGUUCUACAGCAUAUAGGAUCAUAACACUCCUGUGCUUUACUACCUCCAUCUGUUCAACACACAAACCGCCACCUGUUGAGCUCAAAUGUAUGAUUAAUGACACACAGACACAAACAGAAUCUGCAAAUAUGCAAAUAGCCACAAAGACCCUUGAGCUGCACCGAUAUGUAUAGCAAACACACGAGGGCGGAUAGGUGCAGCCGAGCGGGCAGCUGCAGUGAGGUCUGCACUACAGGGGGAAGCAGGUGCAGGAGGGGAUUAAGUGUUCCGCUGCCUCUGGUUACGGCGGACAUGGCAGGUUCAUGUUUGUGUGUCCCACAGACAGAGACCGAGCUGCUCAGUGGAGUAAACGCAGCCUUGCAGAUGAAGAGGCCAUGUAUAUCAUUAAAGUGUGUUUAUGUAAGCUGACGUCUGACGGCAAGCUGUGAUAAUCAACUAAUUAUGGGCAGCUUUAACGGUGGGAGCACACGGAGGAGGACACCAGGCACGCCGUCCUCAGCCUCUGUGAACGGCUCACAAAUAUGCAGGAGUUCCACCAAAAUCACCACCGUCUGUUUUCUGCAGGACCUGUCGGCUGACUGAACCAAUUAAUGUUCCCAGAGAAGAGAGAAGAACCCUGAGAGCCUGUUAAAGGCUUCGUAUUAAUUUUCCACCUGUUAAAAUGUGACUCCGCCUCAAGACCAGAAUAAAACUGCAUUGUCUUAAAAUCUGUAUGCAGGCUCAUGUGCAUCAUGCUCUAACCAGACCGACUGGGUAAUAAGUGAAACAACUGAAGGCACAAGUAC